AUGGAGCUUGCCUUGUCCCUGGAGAAGUUAACGAAUGAGAAACUCCUGAAUUUACAUAGGGUAGCAGAUCAAAAUAAUGACGUGCAAUUAGCAGAUUUUGUUGAAAGUGAAUUCUUGGCUGAGCAGUUGGAAGCCAUCAAGAAGCUGUCAGAAUACGUUGCUCAGCUGCGGAGAGUGGCCAAAGGCCAUGGUGUUUGGCAUUUUGAUCAGAUGCUCCUCACCAAUGGGGUCGCUGCAUGA